AAUCAUUUUAAAUUUAUAUAUGGCUGUGUGUAUGGCUACACGACACAACUUUUUAUAACACUUAAACACUACGAAUAGUGGACAACUUGUUCCUACUUUCUAACUUUAUAUUGAUAUAUGGUGGGUAGGAUAAAGUUGAAAUCUUAAGCUAAGUUAAGGCAGUUAUUGUCUAUGUACAUACAGUGUUGAAAUGGAUGACCUUUCAGAUGACGAUGCGGUACCUGAUCUUGUAUUGGCAGACAUCAAGAAAGUACCAGUAACAAUUAUUACUGGAUUUCUAGGUGCUGGAAAGACCACUCUGUUGAACCAUGUCCUAAAUGAACAGCAUGGGAAAAAAAUUGCUGUCAUUCUUAAUGAAUUUGGUGAAGGUGACUCUAUAGAGAAGUCGUUGUCAGUAGGUGAAAAGGGUGAAUUGUUUGAAGAGUGGUUGGAAUUACGAAAUGGAUGUCUGUGCUGUUCAGUCAAGGACAAUGGUGUACAAGCAAUAGAAAACCUGAUGUCAAAGCGUGGUAAAUUUGACUACAUUCUCUUGGAGACAACUGGCCUGGCAGACCCUGGUCCAAUUGCCUCAAUGUUUUGGCUUGAUGAAGAACUAUGCAGCGAUAUAUAUCUUGACGGUAUUGUUACAAUGAUUGAUGCCAAGUUCUGUCAUAAGCAUCUCUAUGUAGUGAAGGAAGAUAACUCCAUUAACGAAGCACAAAGGCAGAUUGCAAUGGCUGAUGUUUUAAUAGUAAACAAGAUAGAUCUAGUAACCCCAGAGGAACUGAACUCAAUCACAGCUGAAAUCAAGUUGAUUAACAGUUUUGCCAAAGUUUUAACAACAACGAAAGCAAAAACUAACCUUGAAGAUAUUUUAGAUCUUGAUGCUUAUGGAGGACAAAAGAGCCUGCAAGAAAUAUUUAGAAAUAGAGGCUUUCAUGAAGAUCAAAAGCAUCACCAUGACAGGACGGUUAGAUCAGUGACAGUGGAGCUGUCUGGUGACAUGACACAGUCUGCACUCGACACUUUUCUACAGAAUCUCUUGUGGGAACGACAGGUGAACACAUCAGAGGGUGAGGUCACAGAAGUACUAAGACUGAAGGGACUAGUGUCAAUAGCCGGUAAUGAAAAACAGCUGGUUGUUCAGGCAGUACAUGAGCUGUACGACUCUCGGUUUACCAUUCCAUGGGGCCAAAAUGACAGACACAACACUUUGGUGUUUAUAGGUCGAAAUUUGGAUAAAUCUGUACUUGAAGAACAUCUUUCAAAAUGUAUAUCGUCAGAGAGAUGACAAAGUGAAUUCAGUUAAAAACUUUACACCAGUGAUGGUGUUAGCUAUCUAUACUUCUUGACAUACUAACAAGACUGGUAUUCUUCCAAGGAGUAUUGCACCAGUGCUAUCUUUAUGAACUUUUGUGCAUUUUGUCUAGUACACAAUAAAAAUAAAAGUAUCAUUUUUGCUCAAAUUUUUUCAUUAGGUUUAUAACACAGUCCUGAAGUGAUUGUGCUGGAAUGUAUUCAGAAAUCUCUCAUCAUUGUUUUACAAAUAAACCAUGAAGACUAAGAAUGGUGUUUACUUAUAGUUUACAUAUUGGCUCUGCCCUAUCCCACCAUUGCCACUAUACACAGCUAUGCUUGAAAAUUACACUGUUGAACCAUCAUAAAUGGGUCAAUAACAAGAUUGGUAUUAGUUAUUUUUAGAAAAUAGCUACUAGUACAAUGGCCCAUUUUGUUGCAAUAAUAAUGCAAGGAUGGUUGCAAUAAUAACUGAAAUAGAGAACAUAACAAAACAUGAAAAAUCUGAAGUGUUUAUUUUAUAUCACUGAACAAAGCACCGUGUUAUAAAACAAACAAUGUUGAGAAAAAUAUAUAAGCUGUAUUUAUUGUAUAUACACCUCCAUGUUUAUCACACAAAUAUUAAAUAAGUGAUUGCCCAAGUAAUUGGUCAAAGAUGUGAAACCGGAAGCUCAAGGCACAGUUUAAUAACAUAAUGCAUGAUUGUUAUGUUUAUCUCAACUGUAUGCAAAACCGGACCUGUAUAACUGAUAUACAUAUACACAGUGCAACAAAUGAGUCUGCAUUCCUAAUUUACACACCACCAACAAAAUCUAUGAUCACUGCUGUGGGACAAGUCAUAUAGAAGGUCAGUUUACGAUUCUUUCUUAUGUGGUAGACUUGUCUAAAUGGAUUUCCACAUUUUUACCAAAGCAAUUUAGAUUAUCUCCCUUGGGAUAUACAAAAAAAAAAAAAAAAAAACACUUUUUUUAAUUAUUUACAUUUUGAUGGGAGAAAAAGGUUUAGAGAACAGGAUUUAGACCCAUAAAAAUAGUCUGUGAGAUGGUGCAUUUACUAAACCAUUUGCUUCCAAAAUUAUAUAUAUAUGUUACAAUUACAGUACAUUCGACAUCAAUAAUUAACAACAUGUAAAGUUUUUUUUACCUUGUAUUUAAAUAAAAAAUAGGGCAUUCCUUAUUUUUUACAAUUUGAGUUUCUUUUAAACUACUAUACAUUCACUACAUACUACCAUUCAUGCAAAGGCUUAUUUUCUUUAUGAAAAUUAAAGUUUGCACUGAUUGUGUAAAAGGACAUUGGUGAGAAUGUUAUUAAACACUUAUAAUAUAGUGACUGUUCAGUGAAGUCAUACACAUUUAAAACAAUCAUAACAUGUAUCAUGGGUUCUUGUAGUGCUAUUAAGUAGUGAGGUUCCACUGAUCGAUUAUUAGUUGGGCUCCUGAUGAUUCAUUAGAAAAUAUAUAGUUGAUUGCUGUGAAAAAUGUUACCUGUAAAUUUUCCUAGUUUACAUGAUGAAAUUGAUAUAAAUAUACAAAUGUACCAUGGUUUGUUUCUUUUAAUGUGUACAUAAAGAAAAAAGGUCUUGAACAGGUACUAAAAGUAAAAUUAGCAAAUACAACAAUAAGUGUAUAAUCUUACUUGAAAGCCUUAUACGAUUAUAUAAUUCUAACAUUGUAUAAUCAAAAGUUAACUGGUUGUAACUGAUGAUCGAUGAUGAUAUUCCAACCGAUUCCCUAUUAAGCCAACUAUUCACUUGCAGAAAUUUCAUUUGUAAGUACUGGAGAGUAAUUAAAUAUAUCAUAAAUGGCUUAAAUAAUAUAAUAAACAUCACAGCAAUAUCACAAGUGAUCUGUGAGGACUACAGUGUAAUCAGUAAUUACUAUAGAAUGCAAAUCUAAAAUUAAAACUACACAAAGUGAUAUGUACAGGUAGUGUAACAAAAUAUUUUACAAACCUUUUUUAAUUACAUUUUUAUUUUGGUAUAAUGCUUCACAUUUUCUGUCACGUUAAAAAAUUAAAAUUUGUCCAUAUUUUUUUUUAAAGAAUAAUAAAAUAAAUAGAAAAAAAUAGAAAAAAAAAAAAAAAA